UUAGAUUUCGAGAAAAUUAACAACUAAGGAAGAAUUUUUCACUUCUCUCAUUGACUUCUCAAACCUCAAUCCUCGGCUUGGUUUACUUAGUCUGCUUAGCAAGCGUUCUCGUGAUGUUGCGUCUCUGGGUUUAGAAACUGUAGUUAUACAGUAACUUAUAACUCCUCCUGUUUUCUUACAGGAACAUACUGAAGCAGGAACAAGAAAAGUGAAACCUUUUUUACUAAACCAGCAAGCAAGAAGGCAGCUCUAAACAGACUACAGACUAAAAAUGUAUCUAUUCAGCCUGUUUGGAUUUUUGUUGCUCCCGUUUCAAGCUUGCUUAGCAUGCUCUCCCAUCAAGAAAAUUGACAGGUUCUGUGAAGAUUUGAAGACGGGAGAUGAAUAUGUGUACCAAUAUGAAACUCCGGCUGGAUCUGAAAUUGAGGUGUACUCCAACAAUACUUCAAUAGCCUACCGUGGAUUGAACAAGCCUUUUGAGGCUAAUGUUUCUGAUAAAGUGAUAAGAGUGAACAACAGUGCUAUCAUCCUCUCUGAAUGCCUGAAUCUGACAUUCAAAUUCUUUCAUGUUCCCCAGGGCAUGUUUGAGGAGUGCCAUUUGCAUUACAUUGUUGCAGAGAGGUUGCAUGAGCCUGUGACAACUCCACUUUUCAAUCCGACUGACAAUCUGACUGACACCUCCGGUGACACAUCAGGAAAUGGAGACAAGGCCAAAGCCACUAGCAACACAAAGAAAAUCACUGCUGGUGUUAGCUUGACUCUGCUGCUGGGCAUUGCUGGUUUCUUAUUGUAUAGAUAUGGCUACAUUCCUUGGAGAGACAAACAGCCGCUUGCUCUUGCACAGCUAGUUCGGCUGGAUCGGGACUACCUUAACACCAACUGGGAAAACCAGAGGGACAACGGAGAUCCUGAUGAUCCAGCUGCUGAGGAUGCUGAGUCUCUCCGAUCUGUGCUUGUCGUUGGCAGGGACAAUGGGGAUGGGGUGGAAGAGGAGAGGGACCCAACACACGGUCAGGAGACACAUGUUGAGUCCUCUCUACUGAAUGGGCAUCUUGUGAACAGUCAAGGCGAGAGGAUCGUGCAGCCAAUGGGCAGUGAGGGAACAGACACUGCAUUCUCUCAGAAGAGACAUGCUGGAUUUACUCUGGUGAAUGGAAACCAUAAGGCCAGGGUUAACGGCCAGACUGAUGACACACAACUUCUGGGUCAACCUCAGAGCAAUGGACGCGUGACAUAUAGAAGGGUUAACGACGAGACUAAGGAACUGACUCCUGAUGCACAGAGUCCAGGACCUCCUCAGAUGAAUGGAGGAGGACCUCUGCUGUCUGACAGGGUUGGAGAACAGCCCUGUGGGUCAGCAGAUGAAGAAAACUGCUCUGGUGAACAAGCAGGACCAGGACUGGUCAACAAUGGCGUGAAGCCAGUUGAAAAUGUAUAAUAUAUAUAUAUAUUAGAACAUAUAACAUGAAACUAAGUCUAAAUAUAAUAAAAUAUAACAUAAUAUACACUGUAAUAUAAAACAGUAUAAGAUAAUAGGACAUUAUAUAAUAUCGUAACACUUACUUGAAGCUGCUUCUUGUAUAGUGUUGUAUAUUCUUAUGAAUGCAUUCUUAACAACAUGAAUGAUGCAUUAAUGCAUUCACAGGACAUAACUGUAUACUAAAAUGUAAGUAUAAUACUGCGCUGGUAAGCUGCUAGCUUUGGGGUUGCCCCCAGCUGUAGUUACUAUUAUUCAGAGUGCCCAUGCUAAACUGUGGUUCAAAUCCAUUGCUUUUAGUUAGUUUAGUUGUUUCAGUAAACUAGCACUUCUUAGAGACAAAGUUAUUCUGAAGUGUAAGUCAGGUUUUUAUGUAACAAUUGUUAAUCCCUUUUUUUUGUGUGAUAUAUUUGUUUGCUUUUAUUUUAUUGCUUUUUGAUUGAAUUAGUAUUACUAAUGCUUCAAUGACCAUUCAUUAUUUUACCCUCCCGUAUAGAGGGAUAUUCUGUUAGUGACUAAAACAUUUUCCAUUAUUUGUAUCCAAAAUAUAUGCAAUUAAAAAAUAUAUAUUCCUUCUCA